AUGGCGACCCGAAAACCUUUGUCGCAUGACGAUUAUACUGUUGGGUGGAUAUGUGCUUUACCUGUCGAGGCCGCGGCAGGCAAGGCUAUGCUCGACGAUGAGCACCAACCACUGCGUCAGGAGAAACAUGACCACAACAAAUACACACUGGGACGCGUUGGGUGUCACAAUGUCGUCGUAACCUGUCUUCCUGCCGGAGUUCCUGGAACGAAUGCGGCUGCCAUCGUGGCCACGCAGAUGCUCCGAACCUUUACCCAGAUCAGAUUCUGUUUGAUGGUGGGAAUCGGAGGUGGUGUUCCCAGUCAUGAACACGACAUUAGACUUGGCGAUGUAGCUGUUGGUCUCAGCGUUGUUCAAUAUGACUUCGGAAAAACUGUACAAGGUGGAAAAUUUCACCACACAGGGCCGUCGAAUAGACCGCCCAAUUUUCUUCUCGCUGUCGUAUCGGAGCUGAGAGCGAAGCACAUGUUGGAGGGAACUGAUUUAUCGGGCCACUUAUCCAGGGCCUUUAAAAAGUACACCAAGAUGGCGGCGACUUUUACCUUUCCUGGGCAGGAGCACGAUUUUCUCUACGAGUCCGAUUUUGAUCACCCAGAAGGCCUCGCCGACUGCUCGCAAUGCGAUAAACAGCGGCUGGUAUCUCGCUCAACUCGCCCUGUGCAGGAGCCGAUCAUCCACUAUGGUCCCAUUGCUUCAGGUAAUCAGGUGAUGCGGCACGGCGCAACCAGAGAGAAGCUGAGGAAGCAGGAAGGGGUUGUAUGUUUCGAAAUGGAAGCUGCCGGACUCGUCGAUGUUUUCCCAUGCCUUGUGGUCAGAGGCAUUUGCGACUAUUCUGACUCACACAAGAACAAAAAAUGGCAACCGUAUGCGGCGGUCACAGCGGCUUGCUUUGCUAAAGAGUUUCUGUCAGAAAUUGAGGCAGUUCAUGUUCAAGAAGUGCGCACAGCGGCUGAUACCACGGAAACCUUCCACGCAAUUAGCAGGACUCAGUCGCAAAACACUUCUUUUCAGACUUCGUCGCCAGUGUCGCUCGCGGAGAGUCGGCAAAUGCACACUGGGGCCAAUCAACUUGAUGAUAGCUCAAAUUCUGUUCUCGCCGGCUUCUCCAGACUCGACAAUCAACAGAUUAGCAACCACGCGCACGGAAUGGCAGGAGACAUAUCACACUUAAAACCCGGAAUUGAUUUGGAACUGAGCGAUGAGUCCACCUUGAAGUCAGAUCUCAUAUCGGUCCUUGCGAUCCAAGCGUUCCAGGACGCUCUCGGACAAUUCAAAGCUUGUCUUUCGGAUACCCAACUUUCAGCCUUCAGGUCUGUCACCUUUCGAUCAGUCCGCAGUACUCUCAUGCGUCUUCAGAGGGUACAGGCGGAAAGAUUCGGCGCCAUGAAUUUUGCGCGGCUAAGGAAAUUCUUGGAGAGCAUACGACUCAUCGAGAAGGAGAUGCAGUUUGCUCAAAAGGCGGAAUUCCUUUCGUACGUUUUGGGCACGAUGGUUGCUGCUCUGCAAGACACAGCCGACAUCCUCGACCCAUGCGAUACAUUGGUCAAGGUUUAUGAGACUAUCGGGGCCUCUAUCACUUUUGGACAUCUGGAUUCCGCAUAUACAUUGAACGCCCCUCAAAAGCAUCUGGUUCUAGCAAGAGUGGCAGCAGACGUUCUGCGGCUGAACAUGCUUAUUCUACAAGUAUUGGGUAUUCCAAAACCGUUUCUGGGCGCGGCGUUCAAAAGCACCUGGAAUGCACUGUUGCCGCAAAGGGAAUCCAUCUUUCAAAAUUUGGAAGGGAUGAAAGAAUUGGUUGAGAAACGGGCAGCCGCGUCAGCUUUUGUCGAACAUGAGCAGAACCGAGGUCCAUCCCUUACAGUUUCGGAUCGUGAUACAGUGCGCUUAAGAGAGCAGUGGUCCGAACUUCAACAAUGGCUGGCCGGUGUGAACACGUUGCAGAUCCAUCAAGACAUCUGCAGGGUCAGACAAGGAACAGCAGAUUCCGGUGCUUGGCUAUUGAAGCAACCAAAAUACGUCGCCUGGAAGUCGGACGAUGUCCCGCGAUGGCCAAUUCUUUGGCUCAAUGGAAUUCUUGGUGCAGGGAAAACAAUCUUGGUUUCCAAAAUCAUCGACGAUUGCCGGACCAACAGCAAUGUUGUUACCGCAUUUUUCUACUGUCACCACGACGAGCCGCAGCGGAGAAGCUUCAUGUCGAUACUGAGGACACUGAUUGCACAGCUUCUUACUGUUCGUCAUAUUCUGUUACCCUGGUGUUAUGAGCAAUAUAGCGGAAGCAAUCAACUUUAUUUGAUGGACGGAAAGAUGUGUGAGCAUAUGUUGACUGCACUACUACUGAGUCAUGACAGGACUGUUGUACUGUUGGAUGGGCUUGAUGAAUGUGAAGCCAUUGAUCGCAAACAGUUACUCGAUUUCUUCACCCGAGCGGUCAGUAUUUGUGAGUCGCACGAUCCUGGCAAGCUUCGAGUUAUGUUUGCGAGCAGAGAUGAACCGGGUAUCCGUCGAGCCCUACAUGGGUCAGUUGAAAUUACCAUAACGCCUGCAAAUAAUGAGGGAGACAUGAAAAGAUUCAUCAAAGUUUGGUGCCAGAAGAUAUGCGACAAGUUCGAAGACCUCGAGGCUGCCGAAGUUUCCUACAUUGAAGAGUCCACGCUGAGUCGUGCAGAUGGAAUGUUCUUGUUUGCGAACUUGGUUAUGACAAACCUCGAGGCCCAAGUGUCACUCCAAGCCCUUCAGGAGCAGAUCCAUCCAGAGAAUUUUCCGAGCGAGCUCGACGCAGCAUAUGAACGCAUCCUCCGACGUGUCAGCAAGGACUCUGACAGGGAAAAGGUGUCUCUUGCAAAGAAAGUAUUGGGGUGGAUGAUGUGUGCAAAGCGACCAUUAAAAUGGCACGAAAUUCAAGGGGCAUUGUCGACGGACACAACCAGCCGGACGGUUGAUUUUGCUCAGCGUCGAUCGCAUGUGCACAUUCGAGAAAUCUGUGGAUCUUUGAUCAGCGAAUUGUCCGGCGACAGACUUGAGCUUGUUCAUGUCAGCGCCAAAAACUAUCUGAAAAAAUCCUCUUUUGUGACAGCACUAUUUGCCGAAUGCACUUUAGCAUCACUCUGUCUCAACUAUCUCUCAUUCGACUGUUUCGAAAAGCAACUCCCCGAAGCACUGGUCCAAGACUUCAUGUUGCGUGGGUCCUUCGCUCUUCAAGACUAUGCAACGUCUCAUUGGUCCGAUCACGCUGCGACAGUCAUCAGGGCGGGCCUUUCUGACUUAAGAUGUGAAGGAAGCGCUAGUGAGGAUUUCUGUUCAGCUGUAAUAGAUUUUGUUGAGCAUUAUCACCUUGGGGCGCAUGAAAGUACCGAGAGUGCGGAGAUACCAAGCGACUGCCUCAAGUUUCAAGAACUUAGCUGCUUUGUUGAGGUAUGUCAUUUGUACCGGCACAUUCAACGGCAGAAGGCAAAGGGUCGCCAAGGCUUCGACGAAAUCACUCCACCACCGCUGGACCAAACGAUUGCGCGCAAUCGCUCUUGUCUCGAGCAAUCUGCAAAGUCAACCACGCUUGACCCGGCGACACAAAAGGAGCUCGAACAAUGCUAUGGGCGGCAGUGGUACAAGUGCACCAAAGCGGCUUGCUACUAUUUUCAUGAAGGCUUCCAGGAUGAGAAGUCUAGAGAAUAUCAUGCUGUCCGGCAUGAUCAUCCGUUUCGUUGUCAGCACGAAGAAUGCGAGAGUGGCUACAAGUUUGGCUUCACAAGUUUGAAGCAGCUCGAAAAGCACGUCAGUCUCUAUCACCCGGAAUCCGUCAAGAUCAAGGCGACCUUCGCGAGAUUGAGCAAGGCCCGAGAACGCGUCAGUAACUCUCCCAUGCGACAUUCCAGCAUCGCGAAGGAGCCGGGCCGGUUUUCCUGCCAUAUCUGUUCGAAGACCUACACGAGACAGGAGAAAUUAAACAAUCAUCUUCGAACGCAUUAUGUGGGGCAAUCCUUGUCCCACUGCUCAGUAGAUGGCUGUGGAAAGUCAUUUGCCAGAGACGAUGAGAGGAAACGCCACGAGAAGGAGGUUCAUUCUGGCGAGAAAAAAUUCCUCUGCGCCGGGAAUACCAAAUAUGGCAAACCUGGCUCCAACAGUUUCGGUUGUGGCAGAGGGUUUACAAGGCUAGCGGGCUUGGAAAGCCACUGGCGCAGCAGGGUUGGUAAAGACUGCCUCAAGCCGCUGCUUGACGAGGAAGAGUUCGAGAGACAAUUGGCAGACCAAGUUGCUAAGAGAAAAGCAGAGGGUUUUGAACUCCCGCUUCCUCGAGCGCUCUAUGAUAAAUACCCUGAGCUACGCAAAUCAGCGACCUUGCAAGAUCCAAGUCUUCUCGAACCGGCGCCCAAGAGACGGCAGCCGUUCAAACCAAGCGCGGCAACGACAGCAUUAUCAUCCGAGGCAGGCACACAACCAUCAUCUGACUCUUCCGGUGCCAACGACAGUGAGAUACCUAAGAACAUUGACAUUUGA